CCUCUCCCCCUCUGGCAGCCGCCGCAUCUUUGCAAACGUUUGUGGGUCAUGGCGAGCCAGGGCGCGUGCGGGGGAUGCGGCAAGGCCAUUUACCCCUUUGACAAGGCCCAUGAGGUCAAGGGCGUCCGCCUGCACGCCGGCUGCUUUGCCUGCACUUCCUGCAAGCGCAUUCUCAAGCCGACCGGGAGAUACGGCAUUGUUGCUGGUCGCUACUACUGCUCGCGUCAUGCGCGGGAGGCCGAAGCUGCUGUUGGUGGUGGCGGUGGGGAUGCUGGGGAUGACACGCGCAAGCGGGCCACGUCCGAGGGCACCCCGUCGCCUGCGCGAGCGGCUGCCGCCCGCGACGCUUUAGCCCCUGUGGCGAGCGAAGCUGCAACGCCUUUGGCGAGUGGGCCGACAGGCGGCGGCAAGCGCCUGGCCGGACGUGAUCGGAUUGCGUCCGAGGGCACUCCGUCGCCAUCACGAGUGGCUGCGGCACGGAGCGCGUUUGAGGGCGGAUCCAGCGAGCCGCGGAAGUCGCGGCGGGCGACAGAGGGCGUGCCAAAGGCGUCGCGGGUAGCGGCGGCCAGGGCGGCGUUUGCUGGCGGCGAUGUCGGGACUGACAAACCCAAGUCCAAGGUUAGCGCAGUCAAGGCUGCAUCGGGGCGGGGGCGGCGGACCGCGUCCGAGGGCUCUCCGUCGACAUCGCGCAUGCAGGCUGCGCGCGCAGCGUUUGCAGCGGGCGGCGCCACCGUCACCAACGCGGGCGGCGCCACCGUCACCAACGCGGGCGGCGCCACCGUCACCAACGCGGGCGGCGCCACCGUCACCAACGCGGGCGGCGCCACCGUCACCAACGCGGGCGGCGCCACCGUCACCAACGCGGGCGGCGCCACCGUCGCCAACGCGGACGGCACCACCGUCACCAACGCGGGCGGCGCCACCGUCACCAACGCGGGCGGCGCCCCCGUCACCAACGCGGGCGGCGCCACCGUCACCAACGCGGGCGGCGCCACCGUCACCAACGCAGACGGCGCCACCGUUCGCGGUCAUCUUGUCACUCUUUGCCCGUCGUCCGAAUACUGCCUAUACGAUCGUCCAAUUCCGCUCGCGCCGGGAUGGACCGACAACCCGUCGCGCGUCCUCUGGCUGCCGCAGUCCUCAGGCCACGCCUCGGUUGUCUGGGCCGGACCAGAGGCCCCCCGCCCCGCCAGGGUGCGAGCCCUCGCUGCUGCCCGUGCGUCCGGCACGCUUACCCCGCUGCUUGCCCACGCCGCCGAUCUCGCGGCUGUGCUCGACACGCCGCUCGAGCUGCCGCCUGGCAUCGAUACCAACUCGCCCUCGCUAGUCAAAGCGACGCGAUCACCAGGCGGUUCGUUUUCCUUUACCCGUGCGGCGCCCCUGGAGAGCCCACUGUGGACCCGCGCUGCGCUUGCUGCCGAUGACGCCGUGUAUGUCGCUGACGACGGUCUCUUCUCGGCCUACAUCUGGAAGGCCCCACGCGCAACGCUCUCACAGGCCGAGACCAUUGCACUCACCGCUGCGCUGCAGGCCGGCGAACAUGCGCCAUGUCUUGCUGUCGCCCGCCCCUGGGCUCUGCACGUCACCGUGCUCGAUGCAGGCUCGGAGAGCUCUCCAUUCAAAGCGCUGUUUGUUGAUUGGCACCCAGCUGUCACCGCCCUCGUCUCGGCGCUCGCUGAUCCCGACGCACACCUUGCAGUCGCCGCCAUGUUUCCGCCACGUGCCACCAAGAAAGCAAUCGCCUAGCCUCGCACAGGGCUCCACACACAGUACUCGCCGAC